AUGUCGAGGGAGUCCCCCAAAAUGUACUUCGAAUCUCCAGUUUCAAUUGACAAAAAGGACCCGGACGUUGGCGAAAGGUCAAUUUCUUCAUUUUCAGACUUGGAGACGCAAAGAGCGAUCCAAGGAAGCGACAAAUUCCACCGUCUUGGUUGGAAACGUCUUACGAUUGUCCUAAUUGUCGAAGCUAUUGCUUUGGGAAGCCUCAGUCUUCCCGCAGCAUUUGCGACACUUGGCAUGGUCGGAGGCGUGAUCGCGACUGUGGGAAUUGGCUUAAUCGCGACCUACGCCAGUUACAUUGUUGGUGCGGUCAAAAUCAAACAUCCCGAAGUUGAGCACUAUGGCGAUAUUGCAAGACUGAUUCUGGGAGAAUGGGGCUUCUGGAUCAUCACUUUUGUCUUUUUCCUCAAUAUACUACUUAACGUGGGCUCGCAUUGUUUAACGGGUAUAAUCGCCCUUGUUGAUAUCACUCAAAGCAAUGUUUGUACGAUCAUAUUCGGCUUGGUCUCCGCUUUGGUUCUUCUCUGUUUAUCUAUUCCACCAACAUUUGCCGACCUCGCCAUCCUGGGUUAUAUUGACUUUGCGUCGAUGAUGAUCGCCGUCGGCAUUACCAUAAUUGCCGCGGGUGUUCAGCGCUCUCAGACUCCGGGUGGCAUAUCAAGUUCAGAUUGGUCGGCAUGGCCAAAACAAGAUACCAACUUUGCAUCUGGCAUGGUGGCUAUUAAUAACAUCGUCUUCGCGUUUUCAUUUGCGCCCGCUUUGCCAUCAUUCAUGAACGAGAUGAGAACACCGAAAGAUUAUACCAAAUCUGUGUGCACUUUGGGAGGCAUUGAAAUCGUCCUCUACACGCUUAUUGGAUCGCUCGUGUACCUUUUCGUGGGACAAGAUGUACAAUCUCCCGCUUUACUAUCUGCAGGGCCACUUGUAUCGCGGAUCGCCUUCGGCAUUGCUCUUCCAGUCAUUUUUAUCUCCGGCUCUAUCAACGUCAGCAUCCUUGCUCGUUAUCUCCAUACGAUCGCCUUUAGGGACUCGGUCAUACGUUAUGUGAACACGAAAAUGGGCUGGAUCACCUGGAUUGCGCUUGUGUCAGUUCUAACUCUGAUUUCGUGGGUGGUUGCUGAAGCGAUUCCGGUGUUUUCCAACAUCCUGUCUAUCAAUGCUGCUCUAUUCUCGUCAGGACUGUGCUUUUACCUGCCUCCUGUUAUGUGGCUUGUUCUUCUGAAAGAAGGGAGUUGGUCCUCGAAGUAUAAUCUUCGAACUGGGUUUUAUAAUGGAGCCGUCUUCCUGUUUGGAAUGGGUGUUCUCGUCUGUGGCAUGUACGCCAGCGUCGUCAAUUUGGCAAGCACCAGAAUGCAUGAUGUGUCUUUUGCUCAGUUUCAUUAA